UCCGCUGCUCGCUCUUCUCCAGUCUCUGCUUCCUGGCCAGACCGGGCUCCGUUAUGUUAUUUCUUCAGCCCCAUCUGUCUGAGGGUGUUUUUUUUCCUUUCCCCCCCCCGUUGUUUCGACGUUUUCAACUCUUCCGGGGCAUCUUGCGGCAUCUCAAAGCAGCCGGUGCUGGCGGCAGCCCAAGGUUUGAACACCGCCGUUGGGACCCUUCUCCUCGCACCCUCGGGCACCCCCAAGGGGUGAAACCCCAUCUUCUCCCCAAACCCUUCCUUCCCUUUCCCGGGAUCCCAGCGCGUCCCCGUGGGCUGGGGGCAGCUUUUGCUUCAGCCCUGUGCCUUUGGCCGGCUGGAGGAUUUUGGGGACCCCGAGGCUCUGGGGUUUCGCGUGGUUGCUUUGUGGUGAGGUGGGAGCCAUCCUCCUUUAUUUUAUUCUGGCAAAAGCAGGGCCGGGUGGGCAAAACUCCCUAGGGAAUUCAGAAAUUGGGGUGAAAAGGGCCUGAGCAUCGGGGCAGGGGGUGGCGAGCAAGCGAGCGAGCGACCACCUGUGUUAGAAAUUGCUUCUCCGCCGGGCACGCAGGGAGAAGAAAAAAAAAAAAAAAAAAAAGGAGAGAGAAAAAAAAUCGGUUGCAGCCGCGUUUUCUAAAAAGCCCGAGCCUUUCUGCUCGCCGUCGCUUCCAAGAAACGGAGAAAACCGAGGAGGUAAAUUGCAGUGAUUCAUCGCCCGGGCACAUCGGAGGCAGGAAAUGAGAGUUUGCCGCCUGCCCCGUGCCCGGCGUGGGCUCGGGCUCGCUGGGGCCUGGCUGGCGGCGAGGCCCUGACGCCCACGGGCGAGCAUCCCACAGGAGCCGCCGGAGCAGCCGCCCGGGGGAGGAAAACAACCGGCCAAGGCCCAGAGAGCCGCAACCCGGGGAAUUUUUCGCCUGCGUUUCGCCGGAGUCAUCGGAGCCAGCUGCCCGUGGCUGCGGCGUGGCCUCGGUGACACGAGUUGCGCCGGUCUCAGCCCGGCCGAGGGCUGCGGGGGGGCAAAACCCCUUUGGGUGGCUGCAGAGGGGCCGGGCGCACCCCGCGGUGGGUGCUCUGGCACCCCCAGACCCGCUGCCCCCCUCGCUGGUGCUUUGGGGGACCGUGACCGGGGGCCAGAUCCAGGUUCCCACGCCGCCGCCUUGGGUGGCUCCAGAUAAUUCGGAUGCGGCACCGGAGCCACUUCACCCCAUCCUGAUCCAGCCUUCGCCCCGAAACCCCGCUGCCAUGAAGAAGAAGCCGGCCAACGGGAGGGGGCCGGAUCCUGCGCCCCCCCAGCAGCGAGCCCGGGGCAUCGCCAAGCCAGCGGAGUACGUGGGCUCCUUUGCGGUGGAGGACUUGGACCUGCAGCAGCAAGCGGGGCGGCUGGAGGAGCAGCUGCGGGCGCUGAAGGACUGCCCCAGGAGGAGGUCGGUGGUGCUGAGGUUCAGCUUGCAGGGGCUGAAGGUCUACGGUGCCGACGGGGAGACCCUGCUGAUGGCGCACGCUCUGCGCCGCAUCCUCUACAGCACGUGGCGACACGCCGACCACCAGUUCGCCUUCGUGGCCCGCAAUCCCCGCAGCCCGGCCACCGCCCUCUUCUGCCACCUCUUCGUGGGGCCCCCGGCCGAGCUUCUCUUGCCUCCCGCAGGUCCAGACCCUGCACCUCCUGCUCUGCCGCUCCUUCCAGCUGGGCUACCUGCUGGCACACCCCGAGGAGCAGGCGGGCGACGGGGACCCCCCGGGGCCGGGGGUGCUGCGGGAGCCCCUCAACCCCGAGGAGGUGUCGCGCAACGUCAACGCCCUCGUCUCCUUCCGACGCCUGCCCGCGCCCCCCGCCCUGGGCACCCGGGCACCGGGGGAGCGUCGGCCGGAGGCGGAGGGCAGAGCCGGCGCCUGGCGCCCGGGGAACCCCUACUGCUCCCCGGUUUUGGUGCGGAAAAAAGCCAUUCGCAGCAAAGUCCUGCGCUCGGGGGCUUACCGGGACUGCGGGGGCGAGAGCCAGCUCCACCAGCCGCCCCGCGACGCCGGGGCGGCGGGAUGGGAGAGCAAAGGGGCGAGGAGCUUGGCCUUCCUCCCCGAAGACGAGAGCGUCCUCGCCGAGAGCGUGUGGGCCUUCGCCGGCAUCGCCAGGGCCGGGGGCAUCGCGCUGCUGCGGCGGGACGUGCCCGGCGCCUUCCUGCUGCGCCCCGAGCCCGGCCUGGCCCCGCGCUGGUGCCUGUGGGUGCGGGCGCCCUGCGGCGUCGUCCCCUACGGCCUCUGCAGGACGCAGCAGGGCAGGUUCUGCGUGGAGCACUCCAACGCCGAGUUCUCCAGCGUGGCCGCCCUCCUGGCUCACUACUCCGGGGGACCGGGGGGCUGCUUCUGCCGCUUGGCUACCGGUCGCCGCAACCCUGGCUACGAGGAACGGGACCCCGGCGGCCAGGCCAGCGCCUGGGGGGAGGCCGCCUGGGCCCCCGCCGCCCCCGUCGGGGCGCAGCACGAGCGGGGUUAGGCCCCGCCGCCCCCCAAAAAUCCCCCUCCAGCUUUAAAUGGCUGCCCCACGUACGGCUGCCGUACGACGCCUGCGGCAAUAAACGGCUGUCGUGCCACCGGCGCAGGGGUCUGCUGGUCAAAUGGUGUUCCCACUAGCCCGCUGCGUUGCACGCUCAUGCGCUCGCACGCGUGCACCCGCACGCUCCGGUGCACACGCGGCCUCGUGAACGUGCGCUCCCGCUCGCACGCGCGUUGGCGUCCUGGCGCGCGCGCGCGUAGUCGCACCGUGCGCUGGCGCCCAGGGGCACUGACGCGCUCGCACGCUCGCGCCGUGCGUUCGCGCGU